CUACCAGUCACCUAAACACAUUCUCUCCGAGCUUGAAGAAUUCAGUCUGCGACUUUAGUUGCUUAAAUCGAUUGAUUCUCUAGUUCUUUCCAUACCAGAUCCACAACAGCCAAGAUGAAGCACCUCGCAGCAUACCUCCUCCUCGGCCUCGCUGGCAACACAUCUCCAUCCGCCGAGGAUAUCAAGGGCGUUUUGAGCGCAAUCGGCAUUGACGCUGACGAGGAGCGUCUCAGCAAGCUUCUUUCUGAGCUCGAGGGCAAGGACAUCAACGAGCUGAUUGCCGAGGGCUCACAAAAGCUUGCCUCCGUGCCUUCUGGCGGUGCUGCCGCCGCUGGUGGUGCUCCAGCUGCUGCCUCUGCUGGUGGUGCCGCUGCUGAGGCCGCCCCAGAGGCCGCCAAGGAGGAGGAGAAGGAGGAGUCCGACGACGACAUGGGCUUUGGUCUUUUCGACUAAGUGCGUCGUUCAUUGUUCGGGAGAAUAAAAGCUCAGCAGAGGAGAGGAUAUCAGCGACAAGGACAUGUUUGGACAAGCUUCAGCUUCCGAUUGCUCCUAUUACAAAAUGCGCGGAGGGCAUCUCUGUUCUCUGAUCGAGCAACGUGGCUUCAUGGUCAACGCGAUAUAAGCCAAUGUUGCGAAGCUCAUACGCCUUCUUUCUCCAUGCUUCUUUCCCCUCUCAAAUCUCUUUCUCGUAACCUCGUAAUUGUCUCGACGAUCAUUUUCGUCACUAGCCACCGCAGUAGCAAAUACUGCGGAAGCAUACUAAUACAUUCGGCUGUGUAUUACUUUUGCCCUAAAGCGCGUGAGAGUUCUGGUGAACCCUAUUGACCGCGUUCACUCGAAGGGAAAACCUCGUUUGGUCAGAAAGUUUGUCAGAAAGCAGCACGUACAGAUCUGCGCGCUGCUGCGCUUUCCUGGGUAUCUCGUAAUCUAAGGGAUGCAGACGAUGAAAGGCAUGAAUAUAUGCCGUGCGUGUUCCCUAUCCAGUGCGCCACGCUGCAAAAUGAAAGCUAGGCCCAACUCCGAUGCCUGUGUCAAUGGCGUCUGUCGUGGUGUCGCGUGGUAUGUUCGAUUUUCCGUGCUUGAAAAGGUCGCAGAAUGCGACCCAACAUGGCAAUCACUGUAGUAAAGGUCCAAGAUAGUCUUCUCGUAUACUGCCGAUGGCAUACAUGCUACCCAUCUCGCCUCGAAUGCCUUUGAUCCGCAGCCGGACUUGCGUUCCGCGCUCGAUGGUUUGAUCAGAAUUGUCUGUAAAGGACGGUGUCGAGCCCUCCACGGUGUACUUGAGCGCGCCAGGAAUCAUGGCUUUGCUCACGAAUACGCUCAAGGCGCCCACGUCCACAAAGAAGCCGUUAUUGACCACGCUGGUCACCAUCCCAUCCACGACCUCGCCUCUAAAUGGCCGCCAGACAAUGGCGCGGUACGAAAGGGUGUACUUGGCCAUUCCUGUGCCAGGCACGAGUACGGGCUCACUGAUUUCAUCGAUUUCGAUAAUCUGGACAAUCAUCUCGGUGCCCUCCACCUUGCCCUCCAUGUCUUCAUACAACCUCUGCCGGACCUGCGCAUCCGCUCCGCUGUUGAAGAAUGAUGGAUGGAGCGUACAUUCUCUGACUCUGUGCGCUACAAAGAACAUUUCGUCGGUCGAAGUCAGAGCGAACGCGACUGCAGCACCGCGCUGCGGACGAUCGGCAGCAGGCGAUCCUCUUGGAGUCGCUUGCGAGGCGCGCAAUAUCGGUCCAAAGUUAUGCCAGCUUCGGUCGUUUCGCGAUGCAGAUAUGCGCGGGUUAUGGAUGGUGUGGCGCCAGAGAACGAAGAAGAGGGAGUGAGAGCGCGAGAGAGAGACAGA